CCCCUGGCUCCACCUCCCACUGGCCCCACCUCCUACCUCUCUCGGCCCCGCCCACGCCGCUUCGCCGGCGGUUGCAGGAGCCCCAUAAAGGGGGGGGGGGGAGAAAAGGGAGGCGGAAAGGAGGGUGUCAGGCCUCUCAUUCAUGCGGCUGCAGGGCCGGCGACAGGACCCGGGAAAAGGAGGCGGCGGCGGCGGCGCUGAGCGAGGCACCAGCAGCGGGAGGAGGAGCCGUCGCCGCCUCAGCCGAUUCCCCUCAGUCAGAUCGCGUCGGCGGUAGCAGCAGCAGCAGCAACCCAGGCGGCGAGGAGGGGCCGGACCAUGCGGUGGCCGCGGAGCCCUCGGAGGCCCUGGCGGCUUCCCCGGCGCUCGCUGCUGGCCGCCCUUUUUCUCUUCUCGCUGUCCUCCUCCUUCCUCUACUUCGUCUAUGUGGCGCCCGGCAUCGUGAACACCUACCUCUUCAUGAUGCAAGCCCAAGGCAUCAUGAUUCGUGAAAACAUGAGGACGAUAGGAGCACAGGUUUAUGAGCAGGUGGUCCGCAGUGCCUAUGCCAAGAGGAACAUCAGUGGGAAUGAUUCAGAUUAUGCUGUUGAUUUGAACCACAAUGAAACCUUUCUGCAAACAACAACUUUUCUUCCUGAGGAUUUUACCUACUUUCCAAACCAUACCUGCCCUGAAAGACUCCCUUCUAUGAAGGGCUCGAUUGAUGUAAAUAUGAGUGAAAUCAGCAUGGAGGAGAUCCACCAGUUCUUCUCUCAAGAUCCCACUAUCAAAUUAGGAGGCCACUGGAAGCCUAAAGACUGUGUGCCUCGUUGGAAGGUGGCUAUCCUCAUUCCAUUCCGCAACCGUUAUGAGCAUCUUCCAGUCCUCUUUAGACAUCUUAUUCCAAUGCUGCAACGCCAACGUUUACAGUUUGCAUUUUAUGUUAUUGAGCAAGCUGGUAAUCAACCCUUCAACCGUGCCAUGCUCUUCAAUGUUGGCUUUCGGGAAGCAAUGAAGGACUUGGACUGGGACUGUCUGAUCUUUCAUGAUGUGGACCAUAUACCUGAAAAUGACCGUAACUACUACGGAUGUGGGCAGAUGCCAAGACACUUUGCAGCGAAGCUGGAUAAAUAUAUGUAUCUACUCCCUUACAAUGAGUUCUUUGGAGGAGUGAGUGGCCUAACAGUGGAACAGUUUAAAAAAAUCAAUGGCUUUCCUAAUGCCUUCUGGGGCUGGGGUGGAGAGGACGAUGACCUUUGGAACAGGGUCCACUAUGCAGGCUAUUUUGUAACUCGGCCAGAAGGAGACACUGGGAAGUACAAGUCGAUUCCACAUCAUCAUAGAGGCGAAGUACAGUUCUUAGGAAGGUAUGCGCUGCUGAGGAAGUCCAAAGAGAGGCAAGGUUUGGAUGGCCUCAACAACUUGAACUAUUAUCCAAAUAUUACAUUCGACACCUUGUAUAAAAACAUAACUGUCAACCUGAUGCCAGAGCUGGCUCUGGUGAAUGAAUACUAAGAGAAGAACAAAAUGUGUUGCUAUCUUGUUUUGUAGGCUUCUCCUGGACUAGAAAAGUCUUAUGUCUAAUGAAGGAUCACAGUAUUUUGAAGAAUAAUACUGAAAGCACGCACACAGAUGGUCUGUGACUGUAGCCCUCCUCAAACUGGUGUUGUGCAGCAAGCUCAGACUUCGUUUACUUUCUGAUUUUUUUUUUUUAAAAAAGAGAACAGUGGCUUGACCUCCUGCUUUGCCCCAGCAUUCCAUCUCUUUAAGCAAUCUCCAACACCAAACUAGAAUCAAAUGUGCUUUUCAUGCUCAUGGAAUCAGUUUGGCCGAAAAGGAUGUCAGCUUCUUGACUUCAGAUGCCAGGAGCAAUCCUGUAGGCAGCAGCCCCUAAUGAGAGAUGAACUGCAACUUACAAUAUCAUUCUUCUACAUCUGUGUCUGUAUUUUUUUGUUUUUCAAAUUGACCUGCUUGAAGAGAGAAAAGAUAUAUAUAUAUAUAUAUAGAUAGAUAUAUAUAUGUACAACAGAGUCACUUCUUAAAGAAGUGUAGGUGUAAAUAAGCUGUAUAAAUUGCUUUUCUUUUACAAUUCUUCUACAAUUUGAAGUUGAAGGUUUACAACUUAAGAUGAUUCACAAAGACCACCCCACUUGUGCAGGCGCUUCAGCACAUCAUGACGGCUCUCAUGUGAGUAAAUUGGUUCAGGAUUACUCACCUGAUUGCUUUGCAGGAUUAGGAGCUUCUUAGGCUGUGAUGCUUAACAAAAAUGGAAGUCACAGCAAUGCUUACUUUUGGGUAGGACAAAUGUUUUUGGGGGGCGGGGAAAAAAAUCACAUUUAUAAAAGAUCAAAAGUCCCAUCUUGCACCAUUUUGUAGCCAUUGUAGUCUUUCCAGGUCUUUCUCUUGACAGUCCAGCAUAUUCUGCCAUAAGUCCUACAGCCGCAAAUAAACACCAGUGGAAUACACAUCCCUUCUUCCUGCUCCACCUCUGCGAGGGAUGGUCUUUCCAGAAAGAUAACCUGGUUGUCACUUUUAAUCCCUUCACUUUUUCAGAUCAAUCUGAGUUUGGGCAGCCAACUGCAGAUUGUUAAAUCUGCCUUUGGAAACAAAAUCUAUAGCAAUUCCUAUAAUAUAAUUUUUUUGGGGAAGGAGGGGUUUUAUGAAUAGUAUUUUGAUAUUUAUUGUGUAUACAAAACUGUACACUGAAUUAAUAUAGGCUAAAGCUGUAGGUUAGAGCUCUUUGGUUGUGGUAAUUAUCCAGAGAGAGCAUUGCACAAAAAGUUUAUCCGGACUUCAAAUUUAUAAAGAGAAGAAUGAAGGGCAUUGAGAUUAGUUCAGGGGAGGGGAAAUGUGAGCCUUCGGCAGAGGUGCUUGCUCCAUAUCCUCCAUCCAGUCUGACAGAUCCAGUUUUUGUUUGACGCUGUCAUCUUAGAUUUGUGCCUUUUUUGUUUUUGUUGUUGCUGUGGUUUAAAAACCAAUCCAUCUGUUUAUACAGUGUGUACAAACUUUUUUUAAAACUGGGGUCUAGAACUCUGGUAAAUGUGUCUUUUUUUGGAUUGCUUUUUAAUAUAUAUUUAUAGACAGAUUGUGAGUACUUAACAUCAAAAGUACUUUAAUUUCUUUUACUGCACUGUUGCCUUCGACUUCUUUAACUUGCAUAGUUUACAUUUAGUUUCUUGGUUCGGUGGCUGUAUGACCCUCCCAUAUACAUCUGUUGUGGGUGUGAAUGACCAGGCCUAUUUUCUUGCAUCUAAAAGAAGUUAUAAAAAUGUGUCCUCCUUGUGCAUGUACGCACACAUGCGUGAGUUUGGGGAUGUGUGUAGAGCUUAUCAGCCCAUAUGAAAGGACAGCAAGUCUGCCCCUGAGAAUGCUGGUAAGUGUGUAAAUUAGAUCAAAAGUAUUUGACAUAAGUGUGCUUUAAAAUACUUCAUAAGGGAACCCUUCAUGGCUGCUGCAGAGCAGAGGUAAGGAACUGAGUGGGUUAUUUGUUGAUGACACACAGCAAUAAAGACCUCUGACUUUUAAUUUUUCCCAUAUGGAUGAUGCAUAUGUGUCCUUCCCUUCCUUUUCCUCCUCAAAGGCCUAGAAAAUUAACAAGAAUCCAUAUUUUUGUUUAAUGGUGCUUCAACCAAGGAAUGUAUUUCAAACUGUUUGCAUUCACCAUCAUGUACAUUUGAAUGAAUAUAUCUGGUCAAGUUAGACAAGCUGUCUAGCGCUUCAGAUCUCUCAAGUUUUUAACAUACGUAACCAUCUACCCCACUCCCUCAAAAAACAAGACAAGGAAUUACCUCUGCUCAAAAAUGCACUUGCUAAAGAUCAGCAUGAAAGGGUCAGUUUGACUUCCUAAUCAAUGACACUCUUGGUUUAUUUCGGGUUAUUUCCAAUCACGUUGCUUUCUUUCCCUCUUUAAAAAUGUGGAAUUUUUUUUUUAAAUGUGCACUGUUAAUCUUAUCAGCUAAUUCAAAUACUGUAUAGUAAAUGUAAUUGUUCAGAAACAUAACUGUCAAACGCAUGUGAUAUGGUGUAAAAAGAGUCAUCUGUAAAGUGUACAUAACUUUUGGCAGCUGAAAUUCAACAAGGCCACUGCUCCCAUCCGCCAUCGACACUGUCUGCUAACACUGCUGGAGGUGGAACAUAACAUGAUUUUUUUUUUGUAUGAGCCAUGUGGGUCUUCAUUUGCUAAAAUUGUUUAAUAUCCACCAUUUUGGGGUUUUUUUUAAAAGAAAGCUCCUCUUCAAAGAGCUUACCAGCUGAGCAACCACCACACAUUUCCAAAUGCCUUCUGUCACAGGGAGCAUUAAACAACCCAUAUGAAACUUCCUUCCAUCUUGUUCUGUUUGAGCUUGCUUUUAUGUUUUCUAUGAGGUGCCAGGGGUACAUUUUUGCACUGAAAUCUAGUGUUUUAAAACACACAAUUUUCAGCAAAGCAAUCCUUUGUGUCAUUACAUUUAUUUACUCAUGUGUUUGUACAUUUUUGUAUUUGUUAAUUUAUGAAUGAUUUUUUCAGUAAAAAGAAUACAUAUUCAAGAACAAA